GCGUUUCUUCAAUGCCUCUCUCUUCCGCAAAACCCCUCGAAGACUGCAGAAAAUGCAGAGUAGAGUGUAGGCGAACAAGGGGAUGAUACAAAUCAAGCAUUGAAAAGGCUCAAAGAGUGCAGAAAUGGCAGCUCGCAUUGCCUCCUCCAGAUCCCUCUCCUCAUUCCUUUUCUCUCCUAGAGUAAACCCAUUUUCUCCGGCCUACUUCUCCACAAACUUCGUUGGUGAUUCCCCAGUUCUCGUUAGGGAUUUUAUUCGUGCGGCUUUGUAUGAUCCAGAAUAUGGAUAUUUUUCUCAAAGAUCGGACUCAGUUGGAGUGCUUGAUCGAAGCAUUAAGUUCAAUCAGCUCGACGGCCGGAAAGCUUAUACAAAGCACGUGGAUGCUAUCUACAAGCAGAACGAUAUAUCUUGGUUUACCCCUGUGGAGCUUUUUAAGCCUUGGUAUGCCCAUGGAAUAGCUGAAGCAAUUCUCCGGACUACUAACCUAUCUGUUCCACUAAAAAUAUAUGAGAUCGGAGGUGGAUCAGGAACCUGUGCGAGGGGUGUAAUGGAUUACAUAAAAGUGAAUGCACCUUCAAGAAUUUAUGAUAGUAUGCAAUAUAUUUCAGUGGAAAUUAGUUCUUCGCUGGCCAAAAAGCAACUGGAAACUGUCGGAGAAGUUAGUAGCCACGCGAAAAAGUUCAGGGUAGAAUGCCGUGAUGCUGCUGAUCCAGGUGGAUGGGGUUCUGAGCAACAACCGUGUUGGGUGAUAAUGCUGGAGGUGCUUGAUAAUCUUCCACACGAUCUAAUCUAUUCUAAGGAUCAAGUCUCACCUUGGAUGGAAGUUUGGGUUGAAAAAAGACAUGACAAUCCCGAACUCUCUGAGCUGUAUAAGCCUUUGGAAGAUCCACUUAUUGAAAGUUGCAUGGAAAUCCUGGAUUUGGCAAAAGACGGUAAACCUCAUGGAAGCAGGAUGGGUUCAAUCGCUCAAAGUUUUUUGGCUAAAGUUUUCCCGAGGCCUCGAAGAUGCUGGCUACCAACCGGUUGUUUAAAACUCCUACAAGUUCUACAUGGCGCUUUACCAAAGAUGUCCUUAAUCGCAUCCGAUUUCACUUACCUUCCUGAUGUAACAAUACCAGGCGAACGCGCCCCUCUCGUUGCCAGCAAGAAAGAUGGCACUAACUCAGAUCAUAACAGUUACCUGGAUGCCAAGGGUGAUGCCGAUAUAUUUUUUCCAACGGACUUUUGCCUUCUGGAAAAUAUUGAUCACUAUUGCUCUGGAUGGUUAAAGCCAACAGAAGCUAAACCAUUGAAGAAAGGAAAGAAGAGGCGAACUCUUAUGCUUGAUACAUCAUCUUUUAUGGAAGAAUUCGGCAUUCCUUCGAAGACGAGAACCAAAGAUGGAUACAAUCCGAUGCUGGAUGAUUUCAAGAACACCAAGUUCUACCUGAGCGUUCCAACACAUAACACAAAGUAGACUGAUGGGAUCCUCUUCCAUUUGUUUGGUUGAAACCACAGAUCACAAAAUGUUGAAGCAUUAGUAAUAGCGUAAGCUGCUUUAGAUUGACGAGAACUAUGCUUUUCCCAUAUUCAAAGAAUGAUAUAGGCGGCUAUAUAUAUUGCUACAAGAUUUUCAUAUGAAUGGUUAUUUGUAGUUUCUUUGAUUAUUUGCUUGUUUGUGAUGAUCUUAGAAUAAAUAUUAGUAUUAGUAUUUGUUGUA